AUGCUGUCGGAGCACUGCUUAUCAAUAUUGCUUAACAUUGAUAUGGCCGGGGCUUCGGAGCCCCAAGCUAGGCUAUAUCAUGUUAAUGUCGCUCAGCCUUACCUUUCUCCGUCCGAACAAAGGACCUCCUCGCUAGCCACCUUGCCAUCAAGCUCUAUCCCAAUACCUACCAUCAUCAAUACUGGCAGUGGUAUCAGCGCUGGUGCUCUUGCGGGUGGUGUAGUGGGUGGUUUGGCCGUAGGAAUGAUCAUUUCCUCAGCCGUCACGUUCUUUGUUCUCCGCCGUCUCCACAAGACUGGUGCGACGACGUCCAAUAACGACGGCAAGAACAAUAACGUCCCUCUGGUUAAUCGACCACAGCCACCCAAUGCCCACAUUGUCCAGAAAGAAGCCAAUCUCUCCCCUGAGACCGUAACGACGGAGGCGUUUAGAAACUCAGUUGGCGCAUCAACAGCCUUUUAUCUUUCGAGAACAGCCAUCUCCGAGUCGGGUUAUGCCAUUAACAACCAGGUCUCUCCGAGCACCAACACUGGUGUCCAGAGUAUUCCGGUUCCCCCAGAGGAACAGCAACAACAACAACGACAACAACAACAACAGCAGCAGCAGCAGCAGCACCUUCAAUCCGAGAGCAUGCCUAUCUACUCUAUACAGACCAGCCAGACCACUGUUCACACGCAGACGGAGGUUCCUGCUCACAUGAUGCCCCAGUUCCAAGCCUGGUCACAGCAGAGUGCACAACACUACCCGCAACACGUGGCAGAGUUAGAUCCCAAUGCACGCCAAGCAGGUCCCCCGGCACAUCCAGGCCACCCCGCCCAGUAG